AUGCAUAACCAACUUGUGUUGUUCGAUUCGGGGCACAACACACUUCCGACUUCUAAAAUCCGUAACUUUCACAUACGACCUCCGUUUUUGACGUUCUUUAUAUCCACGCAUAGGUCAUUUACUCGAAUGACGAUCAUGGGUUGUUGCGUUCUCUCUCGUGACACAUCGGAUCGUUUCUCCGACCGAUGCUUCAACAUCUUCCCCUGUCUCUCCGAUCCCGUUAGAAGAUCUACGUUGUGUAUGAAACUGGCGUUGGUGAUGCUUCAUGUAAUCUUCGUUGGUUUUCUUUUCAUAUUGGAUGAAGAUUUGAUAGAGAAAUCAAAACAACAGCCUUGGUACACAUCCAUGUAUAUGUUGCUGGUUGUUGUUACAUUAGUUCAGUAUUUCUUUACAUCUGGUUCUUCUCCAGGGUAUGUGCUUGAUGCAAUGAGAGAAUAUGCUAAAACAGAAGCCUCAUUAAGAGCAUCAGAAAUCUCAAAACAACCUGCUUCAAGCAAAAAUGGGAGUGUAGUUGUGACUAUUGACAACAACCAAUUUGGAGAAAAUCUUUUAGGGAAUAACCCGAUGAAUUGGACAAAAAUGGUGAUGGAAAUGUAUCCACCUGGAACAUCUGUAAGGACUUACACAUGUUCAUACUGUAGUGUUGUGCAGCCUCCAAGAGCAAAACAUUGCCAUGAUUGUGACAGAUGUGUUCUUCAAUUUGAUCAUCAUUGUGUUUGGCUAGGAACAUGUAUUGGCCAAGGCAACCACUGUAGAUUUUGGUGGUAUAUUCUUGAAGAAACAGCCUUAAGUAUUUGGACAGGUGUUUUGUAUAUUAAGUACUUACAAACUCACAUAGAAAAGGCUUGGUUGGUAGAUGUGAUCAUGAUUAUGCUGUUGUCUAUCUUGUCAAUUGCAUUGAUAUUCCUUCUUCUUCUCCUUCUAUUCCAUAGUUAUCUAGUUGUGACAAAUCAAACCACAUAUGAGUUGGUGAGACGAAGGCGUAUACCAUAUAUGAGGGCGAUUCCCGAAAGAGUAUAUCCAUUUAGUAAAGGUGCAUGUCGAAAUUUAUACAACUUUUGUUGUGCAAGAACAAGUGUAUAUGCAAUGGAACAACUACCAAAUGCACUUGAGCUAGAGCAAAAAUCGGUACCAUAUACGUGUUUUGAUGUUAUGAAAUGUAGAUGUUGUUGUUGAAAGUGUUGUUACUUGUGUGCAUGUAGCAAAUUUUUCAAAAAAAAAAAAAAAAAAAAAAAAAAAACAAGUUUGUAGUAUUGA